CUCUCCUACAGAAAAGAAAAAGAAAAAAAUGUCAUUAGAAGAGGCGUAACACGUCAGUCCGUCCCCAGGUUUGUGUUUCCUGGAGUGGCAGAAAGAGAUCAGUCCUAACCUGCCCAGCAGGAAUAACGGUCCUUCCGACAACUCUUUGCAAGGCUUUUUACAAAUUCUGCAGGAGCUGCAUCUCCCUUCACCUUUUCUCCUCCACUUCGCGGCUUCUUCAUGCUUUUUCUUCUCACCAUUUCUGGCCAAAACUACAAACAACACUUCGCAGAGUCUGCGUGCUGCUGAAUCAGGGAGUCGAGUCCAUGCGAACUGCCAUCUGAUCCACUCUUAUCAAUGAAGCAGCAGAUCAUGGCGGAUGGCCCCAGGUGUAAGAGGCGAAAACAAGCCAAUCCAAGAAGGAAAAACGUAGUGAACUAUGAGAAUGUAGUGGAAACAGGUUCAGAAACAGAUGAGGAGGACAAGCUCCAUAUUGCUGAAGAUGACAGUAUUAUAAAUACGCUGGACCAGGAAACUAGCCCAGCUAGUGUGCCCAACCAUGAGUCUUCCCCACAUGUGAGCCAAGCACUGUUGCCAAGAGAUGAAGAGGAAGAUGAGAUGAGGGAAAGUGGAGUAGAUCACACCUGGCACAACAGUGAGAUCCUGCAAGCCUCUGUAGAUGGUCCAGAAGAAAUGAAGGAGGAAUAUGACACUAUGGGGCCUGAAGCCACAAUUCAGACCACUGGAAACAAUGGUACAGUUAAGAAUGCAAAUUGCACGUCGGACUUUGAGGAAUAUUUUGCCAAAAGGAAACUGGAGGAAGGAGAUGGGCAUGCAGUCAGCAUAGCAGAGUACCUACAGCGCAGUGACACAGCCAUUAUUUACCCAGAAGCCCCUGAAGAACUGUCUCGCCUUGGCACUCCAGAGGCCAAUGGGCAAGAAGAAAAUGACCUGCCACCUGGAACUCCAGAUGCUUUUGCCCAACUGCUGACCUGCCCCUACUGCGAUCGGGGCUACAAGCGUUUGACAUCACUGAAGGAGCACAUCAAGUACCGCCACGAGAAGAAUGAGGAGAACUUUUCUUGCCCUUUGUGUAGCUACACGUUUGCCUACCGCACCCAGCUCGAGCGGCAUAUGGUGACGCACAAGCCAGGGACAGAUCAGAAAACUCUUGGUUCCUCUUGCAUAAAAUUCAUAUCAGAAUCUUUUCUCUCCAAGCACCAAAUGCUGACCCAAGGAGCAGGCAAUCGCAAGUUCAAAUGCACUGAGUGUGGCAAGGCCUUCAAAUAUAAACACCAUCUGAAGGAACACCUGCGAAUUCACAGUGGUGAGAAACCAUAUGAGUGUCCAAACUGCAAGAAACGUUUCUCCCAUUCUGGCUCCUACAGUUCGCACAUCAGCAGCAAGAAAUGUAUUGGCUUAAUCUCUGUAAAUGGCAGAAUGAGAAACAAUAUCAAGACGGGUUCUUCUCCUAAUUCUGUAUCUUCCUCUCCUACUAAUUCAGCCAUCACACAGCUGAGAAACAAGCUGGAGAACGGCAAACCACUUAGUAUGUCUGAGCAAACAGGCUUACUGAAAAUUAAAACAGAACCACUAGAUUUCAAUGAAUACAAGGUUCUUAUGGCCACACAUGGGUUUAGUGGAGCUAGUCCUUUUAUGAAUGGUGGACUUGGAGCAACCAGCCCAUUAGGAGUUCAUGCUUCUGCUCAAAGUCCAAUGCAGCACUUAGGUGUAGGGAUGGAAGCACCACUACUUGGGUUUCCUGCAAUAGGCAGUAAUUUAAGUGAGGUGCAGAAGGUCCUACAGAUUGUGGACAACACGGUUUCCAGGCAGAAAAUGGACUGCAAGGCCGAAGAGAUCUCAAAGCUGAAGGGUUAUCACAUGAAGGAUCCAUGCCCUCAAACAGAGGAACAAGGAGUUACUUCCCCUAAUAUUCCACCAGUGGGUCUUCCAGUAGUGAGUCAUAAUGGUGCCACUAAAAGUAUUAUUGACUAUACAUUAGAAAAAGUCAAUGAAGCCAAAGCUUGUCUCCAGAGUUUGACCACAGACUCAAGGAGGCAGCUCAGUAAUAUUAAAAAAGAGAAGCUGCGAACCUUAAUAGAUCUAGUAACUGAAGAUAAGAUGAUAGAGAACCACAAUAUAUCCACUCCAUUUUCAUGCCAGUUCUGUAAAGAAAGCUUUCCUGGUCCCAUUCCCCUGCAUCAGCAUGAGCGUUACCUGUGUAAGAUGAAUGAAGAAAUCAAGGCAGUCCUUCAACCUCAUGAAAACAUGGUUCCCAACAAACCUGGAGUGUUUGUUGAUAAGCAAGCCCUCCUGUUGUCAUCAGUACUUUCUGAGAAAGGAAUGACUAGCACCAUCAAUUCAUACAAGGACCACAUGUCUGUACUUAAAGCAUAUUAUGCUAUGAAUAUGGAACCCAACUCUGAUGAACUACUGAAAAUUUCCAUUGCCGUUGGCCUUCCUCAGGAAUUUGUGAAGGAAUGGUUUGAACAAAGAAAAUUCUACCAGUAUUCAAGUUCCA